GGACAUAGAGCACGGCUUCGAACGCCUCUACAGAGCAACAUUCUACGCAUGUAACGGCUGAUUGACCGGAAUGGGAGAAACGAAACUUUGCCAUCACAACGCCCGAUUCCUAUCAAUCUCCUACGGCGUUAUUUCCGUACACGCCGGUACGGCUGCUAGGUGGAGCGUAUGGAUAUCAUGAUGCCCAAUCAGUAGUGACUUCCAAGGCGCAGUAUCGUACAUAAACACCGGAACAUCUCAAAUGGUAUAAAAGGGUCGAUUGCCAUCCCCCGAGUGAUAUUCCGCCUUCACCAUCCAAUGAUGAUCUCCAAGCAAUUCAUCGGCUUUAUUGUGGUAGUUGUUGCCUUGGCGGGAGCUGCUAUCGCUGGUCCCGCACCAGCUCCCCUCGACGCUCGCAUGUGCGAAUGCGUUGACGAGAAUGGUAAACCAUGUUGUUGUAUGCUGCCUAGCACUGCUUGUGAGGCGCGUGAAACGACUGCGAAUCGGCAGAGCGACCCGAACGUUCUGGUGGAAGUGCGGAUACUACUCGCCGUCGUUUCCUUAUGCUGGGGCUCAAGAGCCGUUAACUCCGGAAGUAGUCCAGAUGCCGCCGGAAACGCCGUGACCGUGUCCGCAGUAUUCUUCGAUGAGUGCACAGCCCCAUUCUAG